GGAGGAGGAGCGCCAGGACGCGACAGAGGAAGAAGAAGGGAGGAAUAAAUAAAAAAAAGAAAAACCUCCAACCAUCAACGGGUCACGAACUAUGACCUUUAACAGCAGAAAAGCAAAACAAUCCAGUUUAUAAAAUACCACCUAGCUCCGAAAUCUUCAUUCGACCACUCAUUGAGUCCUCACUAAUGACCUUACAUUAUCAUCAUCAUCAUGACGGCCAACCUGAAUUUGCUCCCUCAGCAGAAAGUGGAAUUUGAGGCAGAGACCCCAAUAUUUCAAAUUGUUCCCUGCAGACUCUGCGAUGAGUCAGUCACCUCAGCGCUUUCAGGUCGUGUCUAGUGAGGCUUCAGCAACAUCACAGCAGAUACAGAUUGUAACUGACUGGCAGAGGGCUCGGGAGAUUCAGAUCGUGACUGCCAUGAACCCUUCAAGUUCUCCCAAGCAGCAAUUCAUUCUGACCACAUCGGACAGCUCCGGGGGAGGAAAGCUCAUUCUGACCUCUCCGGACAACCACAACACAAAGCAGCUCAUCUUUACAUCUUCAGACAGCCUGAUGCCAGGAAGGAUACAGAUUGUCACAGAUCCACUGUCAGUGGAGCAGUUACUCGCCCAAUCAGGCGAUCUGAGUCGGACGCAGACGGUGGAGUACUGCGUGGUCUGCGGAGACAAGGCUUCAGGUCGUCACUAUGGAGCGAUGAGUUGUGAGGGAUGCAAAGGCUUCUUCAAGCGGAGUGUCAGGAAAAACCUGUCCUACAGCUGCCGCAGUAAGCAGGACUGCGUCAUUAACAAGCACCACCGCAACCGCUGCCAAUUCUGUCGCUUGAAGAAAUGCCUCAACAUGGGGAUGAAGACCGACUCCGUUCAGAGCGAGAGGAAGCCUGCCGACGUUGUGCCCAGAGAGAAACAUGUCAACUGCGCACCCUCCACCCAGAAAAUCUACAUCCGCAAGGACAUUAACAGCCCACUCAUCGCCACGCCAACCUUCAUCUCGGACACAGAGACGGACGGCUCCAGAUCCAGCCUGCUGGACCAGGGGAUGUUGGUUAACAUCCAGCAGCCGCUCAUGCAGAGCGAUGGAACGCUGGUGCUGACGUCUGACUCAAAGAUGGAGUCUGGACACGGUGACCUCGGGACGCUGGCGAACGUGGUGACAUCACUGGCCAGCCUGAGCGACUCGUUAAAACAGAACUUGAAAAAUGGAGAUUCGUCAGAGUGCCAAUAUGUGGAAAAAAACACGACCGAGAUAACACGUGCCUUUGACACUCUGGCCAAAGUCCUCAAUCCACCUGAAGCGGGCGUAAUAACCGACAAGUGCGUGAGUGAGACGACCUUUCAGCUCAUUGGCCAAGACCAGGAGACCCCGAUCAUCGAGGUGGAAGGGCCUCUGCUGACCGACGGCCAUGUUAAAUUCAAGCUAACCAUGCCCAGUCCCAUGCCCGAGUACCUGAACGUACACUACAUCUGCGAGUCGGCCUCCAGGCUUCUCUUCCUCUCCAUGCAUUGGGCUCGAUCCAUCCCUGCCUUCUUAGCCCUCGGGCAGGAAGAAAACACGGGUUUGGUGCGAGCCUGCUGGAACGAGCUCUUCACUUUGGGUCUCGCUCAAUGCGCUCACGUGAUGAACCUGUCCACCAUCCUGGCUGCCAUCGUCAACCAUCUUCAGAGCAGCAUCCAGGAUGACAAGCUGUCAGGGGAGCGGGUGAAGCAGGUGAUGGAGCACAUCUGGAAGUUCCAGGAGUUCUGCAACAGCAUGACCAAGUUGGAGACGGACAACUACGAGUACGCCUACCUGAAGGCCAUCGUCUUGUUCAGUCCCGAUCACCCCGGUGUGGACUGCGGUGGACAGGUGGAGAAGUUUCAGGAGAAAGCCUUGAUGGAGCUCCAGGAUUACGUACAGAAAACAUAUCCGGAUGACACCUACAGGUUGACUCGCAUCCUGACCCGUCUCCCGGCGCUGCGCCUCAUGAACUCCAACAUCACCGAGGAGCUCUUCUUCACCGGCUUGAUCGGUAACGUCUCCAUCGACAGCAUCAUUCCUUACAUCCUCAAGAUGGAGACGGCCGAGUACAACAGCCAGGACGUGGACCCCGCCGAGUGACGGUGUCCAAAUCUCCACUUCAGGUACCGGUUGUUCAAAUUUCCAUUUGACGUCAAGAGAAGAAGAGUCUGACUAGGUAGAGUUUGUAGACAAACGUCCAACUUCCCCCCCCUUUGCCUGCAUUUCAAAUGUAUGUUUUAAUACGUAUGAGUUGCCUUACCCGGUCAUGCGCUUUUGGUGGAAGCAAUUUUCGGAAUCAAAAUACGCAUCGCAAUGGCUUUACUUGACGUUUGAUUUUUGAUUUUUUUUUUUUUCUCCUGAUGAAUCCAUGUGACUGACAACUGGAAGGAAAGUGAGCAUCUAUCAGAUUCACAUUUGUACUCGUGUAACAGCACAACAGACCUCAAGUUUUCUUCUGGAAGCAAAGUGCUUUCAUUCUUCGUAGACAUUUUUUUUUUUCCUUCCACUCGAUCGGCCAAAUUAUUUACCGUAAAUUCCGGACUAUAAGCCGCACCGAAGUUUUAAUAACAUACUUUAACAUGUCUUUCUAAACACUGCCUGUGACGAAGGGUUUAGAGCUAGGUCACCUAGCGUGCAUUCCCUACUAAAGCUCAUAAUAGUCACAAGCAACACAGCCAGAAGAAGUGUUUCAAAAUAGUAUUUUUGUUGUUGUUUUUUUCUUCAAGAUACCGCAGUGUAUAAAAGUGAUCAAGUCAUCACAAAAAUCACGAAAAAAAUCCUCAUAUAAGCCGCACCUGACUAUAAGCGGCAGGGUUCAAAAUUUUGGGAAAAGGUCGCGGCUUAUAGUCCGGAAUUUACGGUAAUUAUGUAUAUGAUUUUUUUUUUUUUUCUAAACAGCAUCUUUGAGGUUGUAAGUGCUUUUUUUUUUUUUUUUUUUAUGCACACAUUUCAUGGCUGUAUCCCGUGCAAUCGCCCCAUCACUUUUCCCUUUAUGACAAUCAUGAUUUCUUGACAUCCUUAUCCCAUCAGUGUUUGUCUCCAUUUUGUACGUUUAUUUAUCGAAAAGCAUUUAUUUUUUACAUACCAUGUCGCUUGUGUGUCGCUACGCUACCGUUUUUAGUGCUUUGUGUUUGUUCAGCGCACAUCGGUCCGAUUCUGUGGCAUCCUUCCACAUCAAUCCUGACUGAACUUUGGCGUUUUGUAUGUUUUCUGAGAAUUACAAUUUUGCUCAUUGCAUACUAAGUGUACUUAAAUCGUUUUGGGCAGGAUUCCCUCAUUUUGAGAAAAAUGAAAAAGACAAAAAAAUCGAUUUGGAAGCCUGUCUUGAGACUUAUGCAGCUGCUUCCGGCUUGUACGAUGGGUCAGAAAAUGUAUCCACGAAUGAAAAUCUACAGUAAAUAAAUUAAGAACAUACAUAUAUGAAUGGUAAUGUUUGGGUUUAAAACUCAUUGAGACUGUUUGUAAAGGUGUUUGUGCAAACUUAUCCUUUGUACAUGUAAUCUCAUUAAAAUGAGUGCAUGUUGUUUUUAAGCAAUUUUCUAAUGUUUAUGCCGUCUGCCCUAUUAACCAUCAUUUUAUAGCGCAUCGUUGUGCAUGAAGAAGUGGCUCAUUGCAUUUUAUUAAAUGCCGUAUGAUAAAAGUUUAUUUAAACAUUGUGGCUUUAAUAAUACUAUGAACAAGAUUUUUUUUUCUUCUUCUUCAUUUUUGGGGUUUGAGUUUUCUUGUAUGACAUACAAUACGUCCAACUUUGUUUUCAGCUAUUGUGCAUAUAUGGUUUUCUUCAAAUUGUUUGACCCAGAAGUGAUUGCAACCUUAUUUCUACCUCACAGAUGAAAAUGUAACCCAAUGUAUUAAAAUUCCAGUUUCUGAAAAUGUUUUUUGUCGAAGCCACACAGCAUAAAUAAACUGUUAUUCAUCCA